AGGUUACUUCCUGAUCUAUUAAAGACUUGAAGUCAACCCAUAAAUUAAAACUAUUUUGGAUAUUUUGACAAUUCGAUGUGGAUUUGUAUUUUUAAUCGCAAUUUCGACGAAGCGAUCGAUGAGAAGGAUAAUUAGGGUGGUUUAGGGCAAUUACAGCUAGCUAGCAAUUUGAAGCUGCUGCAAGCAGAAGCAUGCCAACGGAGAAGAAGAAGCCGCGCUCCGAGAGAGACGACGGAGCGGUCGCCGUUCUCCCCCCGGAAUGCAUCGCCCACGUGCUCUCCUUCACAACGCCACGGGAUGUCUGCCGGGCCUCCUUGGUGGACAAGACCUUCCUCGCCACCGCGGAAACGGACGCGCUGUGGGAGCGCUUCCUGCCGUCCGAUCGCGUGGAGAUCCUGUCGCGAGCCGUUGAUCCCGUCGAGUACGCCUCCAACAAGGAGCUCUACUUCCGCCUCUGCAACCCGAUCCUCGUCGACCAAGCCAAAAUGAGCUUCCAAUUGGAAAAAGCAACGGGGAAGAAGUGGUACAUGAUAUCUGCCGAGAAGAUGCAGGUGACGUGGGGGGACACCCCGCAGUAUUGGAGAUGGGUUUCUCUAAAAGAAUCGAGAUUUGCUCAAGUGGUAGAACUUUUGGCUGUUUGUUGGCUACAUAUUUGUGGUUGGAUCGACAGUAGACUCUUGUCUAACAACACUGCAUACGUUGUCUACCUCGUCUUUAAAUUAACUCCCGAUGCAUUUGGCCUUGAUUCAGCUUCCCAACUUGCCUCUGUGAAACUAGGGGCCUAUGCAUCAGAAAUGCAUGUCUCUUUAAUGCUAGACGAUGACGACGAUGAAGGAGAUGACAACCAAGGCAUGGAAGAGACAGAGAACACAAAAAACAUAAGGUUGAGAGAGGAUGGAUGGCUACAAGUCGAGUUGGGCGAAUUCUAUAACAAUGAAGGGGAUGAAGGGGAAAUGGAGGCUACAUUGUGGGAGACCCAAGAACUACAUUGGAAACAAGGCCUUAUCAUCCACGGCCUUGAGAUCCGACCAAAGAAGGGAGAAUAAAGUAUGUAUGCGGUUAUAGUAACUCAUUAUUAGUGUAGUUUUACAUCAUUAUAUGUGCACUUUUAUAUAUGUUGCUAUAGUGGUUUAGUUACGUUCUAAACUUGUUCAGUAACAAAAUUCUAGACCUAAUUUGUUCUAAAACCUUCAGAGAUUUCAUGAUAAUUAAGGUUUUGUUUGCUUAA